CGAUCGACGCAGCGGGCCGUACGCCUCAUUCAGACGGCAGGGGGUUAUUCGUAGGGAACGCGAGACGCCUGCACGUGGCCACAGUCGCUUCAGUCGGUUGCGGCAUCUGUCUGCGCCCGCUACAGCCGUGGAGAGCAGUUGCCAGCAGAGCACGCCAGCGGGGCGAACCCCAAAAAAAUGGCCAAGGAGCAGGACGCCCCCCCACCAACACCAGCACCGGCCCCGGUCAGCAGCUGCGCCGGCCUGCUCUGGUUCACGAGCGAGAUGAAGUCGGCGGGCCGGCCGCCCUACUGCUUCGGACGGAGAGGCGAACUAAAAGCGGGCGCCGAGGCCCUGGAAAAGAUCGCGAAGAACGACGACCAGCAGAAGGACGACAAGCCGAGCGAGGGUUUUACCUACGCGUGUUUAGGCUACGCCCAAGCCACCGCAAAAAUGACGCGCGAGGGCAAAUUGCCGCUCUGCGACGUCGGCGUGCGCUUCGCGUUGCUACGCGCGGCGGACACGAAUGAACAGAGGAAGAAGAAAGCUUUAGCUGCCGCGCGACGGAGGGACACGGUCGGCACGACGGCGGGGAUUUCUCCUAGAGAUGAAGAUGAGCUCUCGAAGAAGGCGUCGGGGGUCUUGCAAUACAUGGCCAACGGCAUCCAGACCUUCGUCACCAAGGCCUCGCGGUUUUGGAGUGGCGCUCUAACAAAUUACCCCGAGAAGUUCGGGAGCUUCACGGACAAGAUGACGCGGGCUUUGCAGAACCACACGAAGUACCUCCUGAAAUUAUGUAGGAAGGCGCUGGCCUGGCGGCCAAGUGAGUAAUGUGACACAGAC